GACGUGGCGGCCCUCGUAUUGGAGGCCGACCCCAACGCCGAGGCGAUGGUCUUGUGGUGUGCCGCCCCGCCUUGCCAGGACUUCUCGCGGAUCGCCAAGGGGGUGGGUCAUCAGGGCGAUCGUGGUCGCCUCUUCGAGGACUCCGUCGCCUUCAUGGAUGAGCUCCGCUCCAUUCUCCGCCGGCAUCGCUUCGCCUUUCUCUACGAAAACGUGGAGAUGGAGGCGGCGGCGGCCAAGGUUUCGUCCGAUGCUCUGGGCGUUUCGCCUGUCUUUGUCUGCCCCUCCGACUUCGGGUGGGUCUCUCGCCCGCGCCUCUGGUGGUUGAGCGUGGACUGGACUCGGGUGGUCACCGACCCCGCCGAUGGCUCGCCCCUGGAGUGGGCGAAGCGAGGUCGUUGGGACCGCCUGCGCCUAUCCGCCGCCCGGGUGGCGGCUGAUUCCUUCGAGCUCGGCGACCUCCAGUUUCAUCCGUCGGUGGCCCAGGGGCGCAAGCUCAUGCCUUGCGCCACGACACCAGCUCCGACGGACGCCAUGCUCCAGGACUCGCGGGGCCUGCUCCACCUUCCCCCGCCGGACGUGAAGGAGCAGCUCCACCACAUUCCCGCCGGGUACACGGCCAAGGCGGGCGCUGACACAAAGACUCGCCACCGCAUGGUCGGGAACGGCUGGCAUUGGGGCGUGGCCGCCCGCUUGCUGGGGAUUCUCGUCAUGGCGACCUGGGCGAAGCCGGUGGCGUCCGGUCGGGCGCCGUCAGCGCUCCCACGCCAGGGGACCAUACCCUGGCUGUCGCAGGUCUGGUCGCGGAACGGCUGGGACUUCUCACCGCCGCCCCGCCCCACACCAGCCCUCCUGGGCGCAGGGUUGGACGAGGACGCACAUUGGGCGGCGGCGACCGGGAUGCGGCACUCGCUGGUCGGCUGGCCCCAGCUGGAACCCGCCCUGGAGGCGGUCAUCCGGUUUCGUCGGGAGUGGCGCCAUGACCUCUCCCGCAUCCGUACCGAGGUGCUUCAGGAGCUACAGGAGAUGGUCGACGACGCCGCGGAGGACACGACGGCCUGGCUUGCCACUCUGCCCCCGCACGUGCGGGCGACCUACGAGACGAGUGAUCGGCCUCGCCCUUUUCAGGGGCUCAUCUUCGACCGCCUGCUGCGGGACCUCGCGUACCCGGCCACAGACGACCUCCGACGGGAUGUGGCCGAAGGCUUCGACAUGCUGGGCCGAGUCCGCGCCGCCCCGGGCUGGAAGCCACGCUCCGAUGGGCGUUACCUCACCCCGAAGGGCUGGACAG